CACACAACCUGGCUGGCCCCAGCGAGCGCAGAGCAGGCUCCGCCCCCCUCAGCGGGUCAGCUGAUUACUGAGAAUCCGGGCGCAGGGGGCGUGGCUUGGGAGGCGCCUGAGAGGAACCCUGGAGGAGUCCAGCGCUGCUGGGACCGAGCCGCGACAGGCCGCCUUGCUGGCUGCAGGACCAGACCCGGUGUCGUGGUGGCUGCUGCUCUGACUGGCCAUGGAUUGCGACGGCUACUCCUCAUGUUUGGAUGGGAUAGACUAUGAUGAUUUCCAGUUUGGCCCUCAUGUGAUUGAGCAGAAGGAACUGCUCAUGGAGACAGUUGAAGGUCCAUAUCUCACUAUAAUUGAGCAGCCAAAGCAGCGAGGUUUCCGGUUCCGAUAUGGCUGUGAAGGUCCCUCACAUGGCGGGUUGCCUGGAGCAUCUAGUGAGAAGGGACACAAGACUUAUCCAACUGUCAAAAUUUCUAAUUAUGUCGGGCCGGCUAGGAUAGAAGUGGACCUGGUGACGCACACAGAUCCUGCACAGGUGCAUGCCCAUAGUCUGGUGGGAAAACAGUGCAAUGAAGAUGGCAACUGCAUUGUGAUGGUUGGCCCAAAAGACAUGACUGCACAAUUUAAUAACCUGGGUGUGCUCCAUGUGACGAAAAAAAACAUGAUGGAGGUCAUCAAGGAUAAACUGAAUAGGCAGAAGAUGCGCAACAGGGUGCAAUCUCUGUCAGGAUGUGAACAAGAAGCAAUUGAACACGAGGCGAAGGAGCUGAAGAAAACAAUGGACCUCAGCAUUGUUCGCCUGCGCUUCAGUGCCUACCUUCGCGAUAGCAGUGGAGACUUUACUCUAGCCUUGAAGCCAGUUAUCUCAGACCCCAUUCAUGAUAGCAAAUCUCCUGGAGCUUCCAACCUGAAGAUUUCACGGAUGGAUAAGACAGCUGGCUCUGUGCGAGGUGGGGAUGAAGUUUACCUGCUUUGUGAUAAAGUCCAGAAAGAUGACAUUGAAGUGCGGUUUUAUGAAGAUGAUGAGAAUGGCUGGCAAGCUUUUGGCGAUUUCUCCCCCACAGAUGUACACAAACAGUAUGCCAUUGUCUUCCGCACCCCGCCCUACCACAAGACCAAGAUAGAACGUCCAGUCACUGUGUUCCUCCAGCUGAAGCGCAAGCGAGGGGGAGAUGUGAGCGAUUCCAAACAAUUUACCUACUACCCAGUAGUGGAAGAUAAGGAAGAAGUGGAAAGGAAGCGUAAGAAGACCUUGCCCCAGUUCCCUCAGCACUUUGGAGGCGGUGCACCCAUGGGAGGUGCUGGUGGUGGAGCUGGCGGAUUUGGCUCUGGUGGCGCUGGGAAUCCUUGGCAGUCGUCUGGAUAUAGUCCUUACAACAGCAGCAUCUAUCUGUCUGGCACCCACCCUAUGAGCAGCUACCAAGGAGGAAGAGGCAUCCAGAUGCCAAGAACUGCCAAGCUAGAUGAGGGUGAGCAUCAGCCCUCGGAAGAUGGGAACUCACUCUUCAUGGAGGAAAAAAGCUAUGUACAACUGCUGCAGCAUGCUCAGGAAUGCAGCUCCUGGAUGCUGAUCCUGGCUCGGCGCAGUGCCCAGGCUCUUCUGGACUAUGCAGUCACUGCUGACCCACGUAUGCUGUUGGCAGUGCAGAGACACCUAGCAGCUUCUCAGGAUGAGAACGGAGACACGCCUUUGCACUUGGCUAUUAUCCAUGAGCAGACAGCUGUGAUUAUGCAGCUGGUCCAUGUGGCAGUCAGCAUUCCCAAUCAACAGAUCAUCAAUAUGACCAACCACUUGCAGCAGACACCUCUGCAUCUGGCUGUGAUUACCCGUCAGCCCAGGGUGGCUGGUUUCUUGCUGCAGGCUGGUGCAGACCCCACACUGCUGGAUCGCUAUGGCAACUCGGUAGUGCACCUGGCACUGCAGUUGGGUGAUGAGGAGAUGCUAAAGACCCUCCUCUCUCACCUGGGUUUGCACACUCUCCACCUUCUUGAAACACCUAAUUAUCUUGGCCUUUUCCCUGUGCACCUUGCUGUGAAGUGCAAAAGCCUAGCAUGUCUUGAGCUGCUGGUUGAGAAGGGAGCAGAUGUCAAUGCAGCUGAGCGGCAGAGUGGACGGACACCUUUGCACCUAGCUGUGGAGAUGGAUAACCUUAACCUGGCCACAUACUUGUUGAAGAAGCUGGGAGCUGAUGUGAAUGCCCAGACAUCUGCUGGGAAUACACCUCUUCAUUUGGCAGCAGGAAUGGGCUCCCCAAUCCUUACCAAGAUGCUCAUCAAUGCAGGGGCAGACAUUCUCUGUGAGAAUGAUGAGCCUGUGUGGACCCCCUCAUCUGACCCAAGCAGUGACACUGAAGUGGAGCAGGAAGAGGAUGAGUGGGUCAUGGAGUUGGGAGAGGAGUGUUCAGAGAUCCUGACUGAGCAAGGUGCAGGCUGCAUUGCUGAGCUGGAGCGCAACCAGCCUGGCAGGUGUGGAACAAAGCGGUGUCGGGGGCACACCCCGUUGGACUUGACUUCUAGCCAAAAGGUGCGGGAGAUACUGAUGCAGGCCUCACUGCAGGGCCCUGAAAGGGAGCAAUCUGCUGCUGCUGCUGCUGCUGCUGCUCCUAAGCAAGGGAGCAUCCUCUCUCUGAGUAGUGACCUCCUCCAGGGUCUGGAGCAGCUCCUCAAUCGUGACUGUCAAGGAGCCGACUGGGCAGAGCUGGCCAAGAGGCUGGGCCACUGCAGUCUGGUGGAGACCUACAAAGGCACCGCGUCCCCCAGCAAGAAACUCCUGCACAACUAUGAGCUUGCCGGUGGCAACCUGAAAGGCCUGCUGGAUGCACUUCACGCCAUGGGGCUGACUGAGGGCGUGAGGCUGCUGCAGAGGUCAGAGGCCUUUGUCAAACUACAAGGCGCAGAGCUGAAGGAAGACAGUGGCUAUGGGAGUCAGUCAGUGGAGGAGGACCCAGGAGCCCUGCCUGGGAAGCCGCAGCCAGCCCCUGUGGUGGAGCCACCUUCUCUCUUGCCUCACAGCCAGCAGGAACAAGUGCACUGAGCGUCAAGCAGCAGAAACUGAACGGACUGUAUGGGGAACACGACUUCAGGCGUGUGCCUCUUGGAUCUAGUGCUCCAGUCUCCGUAACUGGGUAUCCUGUGCAGAAGCCGCCCGGGCUCAAAUUUUCAUGGCUGGUCUAUAAGAGGAGGGGACUGCUGCUGUCAGUCCAGCCUGUCUGCUGGCUUCACCAGGCCUGCCCCAAACAAGGGAGAACUGCUAACCUAAGCCAGAUCGGGACCUAGAAUCUAAACUUCCAGUAACAUUUUGCUCCCUUAUUUCAGCCUUCCCUUCUUCUCUGUUGGCUAGAACUUGCUGGGCAGUGGAAACUACUUCCAUGUAAGCUGUUGAAAGAAAAUCUUUUUGCCAGGACCCGCAAAUUAUAUAUUCCAUUGGUGCCUUUGCCAUUGAUUCAAAUGCCUCCUCAUUGGGAAAUGAUGUCUUGCUGCUUUGGGGACUGAACUUUCCAUCUGAAGCUUGACAACUUGGGCAGGAUCCUCAAGGUGGUAAUCCUGAAGGAUUGUGCCAAAAAUAAGAGUUUGAGACUGCGGGUUCCUUUAGCUCAUUCACCAACCAACAGUCUGGCUUCUAGUGCCUUUUGAGCAGUCUGGGUUUUUUUUUUUAAACAUGUAUGACAGAUCUUCUUGGGCCAUUUCCCUUAAUGCAAUUUUGAAAGUUGUGCAGGUGACUGACUGGGGGCCUAUACAGCCAUUAUUCUGAGGGCACAAAUGUCAUUCUCAGAAAGGUACCAUGUUAUUUUACAUGCAUUAGUAGGCAACUCUGAUAAGGCAAGGGAGGCAUGCAUGUCUUGGCCCUGGGCAGCUGCUCACAAUUGCAUUUCCUGUUCAGAAGAGGUGUGGUGUGUGUUGUCACAAAAUUGGAUGUGUAGAAAUCGGAGUGAUGGUAAAUGCCCCAAUGAGGAAUAAAGCAACAAUUAUUGCUUAUAGUAUUUAAAUUGGAAUAAUCAUUUUGUUUUGAGUCUGUAGACUUUUGUCAGUUUUCCAAGCUAAAAGUCUAGUCUUUUACUCAGAAAAUACCCAAUUUUGUGAUUUGAAUAAAUUAUGCAGAUUUAUAUGUA